CAAGGCCCUAGCAGUGUCAUGUACAUACGUAUAUUGUAAAAUUAUUUUUUAAUCGUUUGCAUUAUUUGUAUUUUUUGUGAGUUCGUAAUGCGAAUUGAACGCAAUGUGUCCAAUGUCCAUGCCUUAAUCAAACAGCGAUAACCUUAUCGGUGUUUCAUUUGACGAUUCCUCUUUCGGACGACAGAUGCAUAAAUAUUAGUCACUGGUGUCGUGUCGAAGGUUAUAAAGUUCCACCGAUCAGCAUACCGCUUGAUUUGGUUUUCCGUGAAUGUGAAUUUAAAAUCUGUUGUCACAGAUUUUGUGUUACAUGACAUUAAAACGCUAUUAAUUUGUCAUAUUUGAACCUCCCUUUACAUUUAAUUACGAUACUAAAUUAUACUUUGUGGUACCAUCGAUACACACCUCGGUAAAAGAUGGAUCCCAAUCGUCCGCCAGCGUACAAUCCGGCCUACAAUCCGACUAUGAACCAUUCCAUGCCACCGCCUCCGUAUCCGGGGCCUCCGAUGCCAACUGCCGGUUAUCCCGCUUCACAACCAAUGUAUCCGAACUUGUAUCCCCCGACACAACCGGUCCCUCCCGUGUCAGUGCCACGCCCAUAUCUUCCGCACAGCGCCCAGCCGUUUGCCCAUGCGGGUGCCGGAGCAGUACCGCCCGGGUAUCCGACGGGUGUGCCCCAGCCGCAUGUCAAUGUGUCCCCGGUCUUUCCCGCGGCUCACAGUCAUCUGCCACCCGGAACUUUUCCGCCCGGUUAUCCCGGCGCUCCAGUGGCGAGUGUGCAUGGAUUUCCUGUCACUGGACAUCCUAGUAAUCCCCCUUAUGCCCAACAGCAGGGCGGUGGCAAAUGGAUUUAUAUUCAAACCCUCGACCGAGGAAGUUCGAUAAAAAAAUGGAAGUGCAAUACUGUGCCAGUGGCGAUUAUUAUGUGCGAUCCACGACUCACGAUAAAAAAAGUUCCGGAUGGCGGUCAUGUGUUUAUGACGAACGUAAUAUGUUUCAUAAAGUGGAACAUGACUGGAAAAAGGCCUACAUUGCUCGUGUGCCGAAUAGUGAUAGCGCUCGCAUUGAAUGGCGAUUUGACGUUUCUGGGACCGGCUAUUCAGUGAAAACGGUGAAAUUGAAGUUUCCAACCAAAACCUAUCACAACGGAUGUGUCAAGGCCACGUUCAUUAGCGAUAAAGGAGCAAAAAUGGAGAUCAACCCAAGCAAUAAGCACCAACGAGAAGAGCAAAAGAUCAAACAUCUUCAAGGUGUUCACAGUUUCUCUGUUGUUGCGGAACUGCACGGUGGAAGUGGAAGCGAAGCUUGGCAGCACGCUCAGUUAUUCAGACAAGACCUAAAGGACACCGAUUGCCCUUUCGAAGUUGUGGUCAAGCUGCAAAACCGCUGAGGCUAGACUUCCAGAUUCUAUUACAUUCCUCAAAAUUUAAAAUAAUUCGUUACUGACAGAUUCAUUCAAUAAAAAUUGCGUCACUUAACAAAGUGCACAUACAAGAUAUCUGUGAAAGUGAUAAGUACUUCGU